AUGCUUGGAAAGUUGCUGCUUCGAGGAUUUUUUGUGCUGGCUGCCGCCGAAUGCUUUUCGCUUUUGGAUGGUCUCUGCACAACAAGAAAUGUUACGGUAACCGGACAGCUGGGCUGCGGCGAUCGGGCAGUGAAAAAUGUCGAAGUCGAAAUGCGCGAGCACGAUAUUCUUGAUCCGGAUGAUUCACUGAACAAGACGCAUAGCGAUAACGAAGGAAGAUUUGAGAUUUACGGGCAAGAAUGUGAAGUUGGCAAUAUUGAGCCAUAUCUCCGGAUCACGCAUAACUGUGAAGAUGGUGCGCUUAAUAAGGUAUCAUUUUUUAAGAAAUUUAUUCAUUUAAAAAAUGAGGAAAAUUCACUUAGAAUUUCCUGCCAACUCUUCUUCCACCCUUCUUACAUGAAGAUAUUAAUUACAAUAUAUAUAAGAACAUAUGUUAAAAAAUAUGUAUAUUAA